GGCGGUCCGAAGUGACUCCAGCAACCUACUUCAUGUCAUCUUGGCGAUGGUGUGGCCGAUCAUGAUGCUGGCCAUGAGUCUCGCGGCAAAGGCAACCCAUCACGGCUUUUGCGGCCUGAUCCAAUGGCUUAGCGACUUCUCGUAAGGAGCCACGUAUAACUACCACGGUUUCUUUUUCAUUGUCCGAGAGGAUUGGCCAAAUGUUAGCUGGCUCCUGACUCCUCACGUGUCCAUCUUCAAUUCACCCUGAACCUGGCAAACAAAGAUGUGGAGACUUCCAUAUGGCGUUAUGAUCAAAGUGCAGUAUCUGGAAUUUUACCUGCUCAUCUUAGCAGUGAUAUCGUUCAUGAACCCAACGACGCAAAUGUCAGAACAGCAACUGGCCGCAGUGCUUAUGCUGACGCUGCAUGAUUGUCGGAUCUCGCCCGGUCAGUACCAUUAGUGUAAUCCCACCGUCAAAGCAGACGUAAACAUCUGUCAAGUUCUUGCAUGACUCAGGAUUUC